AUGACAUCAAUUAUACUUAGAUUUAGAUCCAAAGAUGGUAUGUUCCGUAUUUCAACGGAUUCAUCCUCAAAUUUCACAUUAGUUAUAGAACAAUUAAUUGAGAAAUUACCUCAAUCUGAUAAAAUCAAUUUACAAAGUUUAACCAUUAGUAAUAAACCUCAAGAUAAAGGUAAAUCAGUUUAUGAAUUUCAAAAUCAUACUAUAAAUGAUUUAGAAUUGAAAAAUGGUGAUAUAUUAUAUAUCAGUUAUGAAUCGGUCACCACUGAUCAACCCCCAACAACAACAACAACAACAACAACAAAUACUUCUAUUCCUAUUACUCCCAUAGUUGCUACUAGUACUUCCCUGCAUGGACCAUUAAAAGUUGAAGAAUUACCUAUAGAUCAAGAAUUAGAUAAACAAGAUGGAUUAAUUAAUCGUCCAUUAUCAUCAAUGUGUCGACAUGGACCUAAAGGAAUGUGUGAAUAUUGUUCACCAUUACCUCCAUGGGAUGAAACUUAUCGUAAAGAUCAUGGUAUAAAACAUAUAUCAUUUCAUGCAUUUUUAAAACAACAAUUGGAAAAAUUGAAAUCUUCUGGUGGUUCAUAUUUCCCUCCUUUAGACCCCAUAGAUUAUUCAAUUGAUUUAACUUGUAAUCAAGGUCAUAAACCUUAUCCUAAUGGUAUAUGUUCUAAAUGUCAACCAUCUCCUAUAACUUUACAAUUACAAAAAUUUAGAAUGGUUGAUCAUUUAGAAUUUGCUGAUUCAUUUAUUUUAAAUGAUUUUAUUAAUGUUUGGAGAAUUAGUGGAGUACAAAGAUUUGGUUAUUUAUAUGGUAAAUAUGCUAAAUCUGAUAAAACUCCUUUAGGUAUAAAAGCUAUAGUAGAAAUGAUUAUUGAACCUCCACAACAUGAUGAAUUAGAUGGAAUUACUUUAUUAGAUUGGAAUAAAGAAGAAGAAGAAGAAAAAUUGGUUGAUAAUUUAGCUAAUAAAUUUGGACUUUAUAAAGUGGGGAUGAUUUUCACUGAUUUAACUGAUGAUGGUAAUAAAAAUGGUAAAGUAUUAUGUAAAAGACAUAAAGAUAGUUAUUUUUUAACUAAUUUAGAAAUUAUUAUGGCAGCUAAAUUUCAAUUAAAAUAUCCUAAUAUAUCUAAAUAUAGUACCACGGAAAAUAAUGGUCAAUUUUCAUCAAAAUUUGUUACUUGUGUUAUAUCAGGAGGAUUAAAUGGAGAAAUUGAACCUAGAUCUUAUCAAGUUUCAACAAGUGCUGAAGCAUUAGUUAAAGCUGAUAUUAUUACUGGUUGUACUCAACCUUCACAAAUUUAUGUUAAUGAAAAUAAUAAUCAUCGAUAUGUCCCUGAUAUUCAAUAUCUGAAAAUUAAUGAAUAUGGUUUAGAAGUUAAAUCAAAUGCUAAACCUACUUUCCCUGGAGAAUUUUUAUUGGUAUCAUUAACUGAUCUGUUCCCAUUAAAUCCUAAACCUAUAUUCACUAAUUCUUAUGUAAUUGAAAAUCGUGAAUUUUUAGGUGAUGAAAAUAAUGAUAUUCAAAGUUUGAAAACUUUAUAUAAUUAUUUGAAAUCUAAUAAUGAUCAAAUUUUUAAUUUCCAUUUUCUUUUACAUUUAAUUAAAAUUCAUAUUUUAAAUGAUAUGGAAAUACAAUUAUUAAUUGAUUAUAUAAAGAGUAAAAAUUUGGAAGAUUAUUUGAAAUUAAUUGAAACUAAUGGUUGGAUGACUUUAAUGACUAUAUUAGAACAGAGUGUGUAA